GGACAGCUGUCACAGUCUUUAGCAAGUGAUGACAUAGCAAACCAUAAAUAGACCGGCAGCAAUGGAUGUCGCAGGGUGCCAGGCUUGAGAUGUAAAUAUCACCCUUAAGGCCUCCUCCACGAGGAUUCUGUAAGCAAGAAACCGAAAAGCACUGCUAUGUGGAUACUUGGUAGCAAUGACUGAUGUGGAAUCUACAUAUGCAGAUUUCAUAGCCUCUGGGAGAACUGGAAGAAGGAAUGCUUUGCAUGAUAUACUUGUCUCCUCUGCAAGUGGGAACACAAGUGAGCUGGCUCUAAAGUUAUCAGAGCUUGACAUAAACAAGCCAGAAGGUGAUGAAAAUGAACAGACAACUCCUACUGAGAAAACUACGGACGAACAAAACAAAGCGCCAAAACAGGAGAGCUGACCACUUCUUCUAAUAAGUAACAGAGGCGUUGCAUCUGAAGGGUCUUAGCCUCAAAGCAAUAUGAAGUUAUCUAGCAUGGUAAGGAAAGAAAUGGAACCGGAGAUGAGAACUGACCGGAAAAUAUCAAACAAAUUGCAAGCAACGGAGAUGGCUGAAGGGCUUUUUGCCAAUUUUAUCAUAAGCAAUGGCUGAGAUGUUUGAGGCACAGUUAGCUACUUGAGAUUUUAAUGAAACACCGAUGGGUAGCCACAGAAAUUCUCUUUGUGGUUGUUUAUACCCUCUAAGGAUUCAGUUCUGUGCUGUUGUAAUGGCUUCCACGAUUUUUACAGCUCAACUAAUUAUUCAGAUGUCCCAAUCACAGAAAAAUAACGUAAAAAAAAUGAAUUGAAUAAUGAACAUUGUGUUAGUGCUUUAAAAGUUUUGUUGUUUUGUAUGGUACACUUUAAUAUUUUACACUGCUCCGGUAUAAAAGUGCACAUAAACUUGUGGCCUCACACACAAAAGGGCUGUUUUGCAUUUUUCUUCUUUUUUUUUUUGUUAGUUUUUUUUGCUUUAUUUAUUGUCAUUCACCAACAAAUUACUUAAUCACCUCCAACUCACAAUCUUUUAUCGGUACCGUAGCUCGGAGCGGUGAGUCUAAAGUGAUGCACUGUAUUUAGUAGCAAAUUAAGUCACUGCCUUAUGUGAUAUUUGUCAACUUUUAACUCACUAUGACUUGGAUAAAUAUUAUCAUUGUCACUAUAGUACAUCUGAAUUUUCACGAUGCAAGUUUAUUCAAUAAACUUUUUGUCACUUUUUUUAUCUAGAAAUUCACGUGAAACGCUUUUGUUGCGUUAGGAAGUUAAGCACCACACUAAGGGUUGGAGAAUAGGAAUGCACUAAGGAUGAGUGUGUCAUUUUCUGGUCACACCACUUCCUUCCAAAAUGAAUACCUAUUUCUAACACUGUUCUGGUUGCGGAUAUAAUAGUGCACUUUUUAAUGUUUGUACAUUUUACUAAUUAAUCGUGUGGUUGUUCAUCAGUUACAAUAACCAAUAAAGUUAACCAAAUAUCUUAGAA